CAAUUUUAUAUAGCCCUCGGUGAUUUGAAAAAAGAGACUUAUCUGCAUGCAGAGCUCUAAAUUUCGUCAUUUUUGGGUUUCCAUGCAUAUAAAUCGAGAUAUUUUCGGAAACACCUAGGCUAGUUGUUGCUGGGGAUUAGCAUCGAAUAAUAUAGCAAGAAGAUCAUUUUAUUACAUUUUCCGAUGUGAAUUAGAGCUGCAUAUACCCAUUAUUUCCAUUACGGAUGAAUCUGCUGGUAGAUUGUCAAUGAGUAAUUGUUUAGUCUAAAAAACGUGGCCAUCACAAAUGAUAACCUGUUUAGUUUAAUACCAUUAUAUAUGUCCAAGACAGCAAGAAAUACUCUUAUUUAAAAUGCUGGAAUCAGAGAAUAUUGGAAUUGUUUCACUGACUGCUUGAAAAAUGAAAAUAAUAAUCAACCAAAUUAUUGCCAUUUUAGACCAGUUUAUCGUAUGAUCUCAUAACGUUACACAGCUCUUAAGUAAAGUUACAGUUUUUUCGAAAGAUAUUUUGAGUUUAUCAUGAAGUCUGGGGUUGUAUCCUAUAUUCUGCACUGCUCGCCUAAACCUCAAGAGGGCGCUCUGUACAAGGAAGCUCCCGGUGCUCCAGCCAAUCAAAUCACAGGAAAGGGAGGCACAGGUUUCCGGCCUGUUAAGCAAAAACACAACUCAGGUCUGAAAGACGAGGGGGAGAAGCUGCUGCUCGUAAAUAAUUCAACGGCUCCGCUUUCUAAGAAGUAUUCCCUCAUUUAUAUUCCAAGAGUUGGUAUCUACACUGACAUGGCAUCUGUCCACUAAACUGCUCUGUCUUCAGCCACUGCGAGCACCAACCAUUGCUGUGCAACCACCAUCACCAUGGAAACAGACACAGAAGUUAUUCCUAUCUGGCAGAAUAAGCCUCAUGGAUCUGCUCGCAGUUUUGUGAGAAAAAUUGGCUCCACUCUUCCACUCAGGCCUCCACAAAGGGCAUGUUUCCAGGAACUCCCGGGCCUGCCGCCUCUUCGGCCUAUGGAAGGCCCUAUGGUUCCUACCUUGGCAGACAUAGCCUGGAUUGUCGCCGAUGAAGAAGAGACAUAUGCCAGAGUGCGGAGUGACUCUCGUCCUCUAAAACACGAAUGGCGGCCCACGCCUCUCCUGGUGCUCCACAGGAACUCAUCCGUACCCAACUUCCGCCGCGAGGGUAAGCGGGUGGAGGGGCUCAGGAAGCCUGGGGUGACGGCAAUGAACCGGACUACUGCCCUGCAGGACGAGCUCAGCAGACUCCGUUCACAGAUAGCCAAAAUUGUGUCAACUGACUCUGGCUCAAACCCCCUGACCCCCGACCUGCUCUCCCCAGACGACACGAGUAUGAGCUUCUCCAUGGCGCCUUUUGAGACGGCGCCCUACCAGCCGGCCGCCACUGCUGCCGCUUCCUUUGUUAUCAGUGAUGUCACAGAAGAGGAUGAAGAGGAGGAGGAAGAGGAAGAUGUGAUCUCUGUCCUGUCAGAGCUAGUCCCUGACCCUCUGCCACAUGUUUCCAUGACGGCAUCAGCAACCUUCGACCUGGACAGACCUAGCAUGGAUUUCCGGGAGGCAGAGGAGGAUACAGUGUCGCUCUCAAAGUCCACCAGCUUUGCUGAUGUUAUGGACAUCCUGAAGGACAUGAACCGCAUGAAGAUGAGCAAAGACAGGUACAACAGAGGCUGUACGUCCCUCAGGGAGGAGGACUCGGCCUCUCUUAUUUCAGAAGCUCUGAGGAAAAAGUUUGUCCUAAAAGACGAAGAUACUAACGCUUUGAAACGGAAGUAGACUGAUCACAUGUUUAUCGUCAAUACCCGAUCCUGCUGCUCCAUGUAAGUCAGAAUAGGAUUGUGGAGUAGUUUGUUUUUUAUAUUUUGUACAAUGAGACCUUGAAGUCAUGUGGUAGGUUAUCAUUGGUUAUGUAUUCAGUGGCAAAAUGUUUAAGCUCACUUGUGGGUUCUUAGUUUGUGUUGUUUCUUUCUCUCCCUCGUUAUUUUUAGGCCUUUGCCCGUGGAUUAUGUACCAAUGGACCCACAACCUCUCUCCUCAGACCCAAGGCAAUAGCUGUCUGCCAGAGCUAGAACAAAAACAGACACUUGGUCCCAGACUUUCCAAACCAAAUGUGAGCCUCACAGUGCUGCCGUAGUGUAAGGUGCAACUGAAAAACUCAGUAAAAUUAGUAAUCGGUUUCAGCACUGCUCUGCAUAAUUGCAUCUAGUUUAUUUACUCUCUGAAAAAAUGGCUUUUAAUUUACUUUGAAACAGGUUGCUGCCCGGGAAAUGUUCUCUUUGUUCAGGCUGUAUUGAUUUUAGUUUCUUUCUUGUUUUUAUUUCGCUAUAGCUCAUUGUCCAACCCGCUAUAAAGAAUCCUUUGUUCCUUUUGAAUUUUCUACAGAAGAAAUGCAACAAAACAUUUUCCUUUCAGUUGUCAAGAAGUCAUUUAACAUACUUGCAAAUACUUCAUGUGCAAACCACAUUGUGUGUGUCUGUGUGUGUCUGUGUGUUCGUGUCUGUGUGUUCCACUGAGCCUUGUAUGCCUGUCCUCUUGUUUGUAAUGCACACUUUGAUUGAUAGUCGCUGAAUCCCACAACACUGAUUUUAAAACCCCAAACUGAAAGGAAAAUAAAUAUGCUGAUGAUAUCGUUUGAACUGUGUGGUGUAGAAAUAUAAAAUAGGGAAAUGUGCACCCUUCAUUAGCUGGGUUUCAAAAAAGGCGAUUGACAGAUGCAAGCAUGUACAGGUCUUUUUAGGCCACACAUUUCCCCCCUGUGUAGAUUGUUUUUGUGUACUAUCUUAAACCCCUUAUAAUGAUGCAACAUUAAAGAGGGCUUCUACAUAAUUCUGUAUGCAGUUGAAAAAAAGCCAUUGGUGAAAUGCUUGUGUGGUCAUGAUGAAUAUUCUGGAUAACAGAUCUAUUGCCUUUUUUCCGAAGCUUGCUUUUAUUCCCAUAUUAGUCAAAGUGCCAUGGGUUUGCAUUCUUCAGCCCAUCACUCAUUGCCUGCUAUUUCCUGAAUGUGCCCUCCAUCCUCUUCUUUCCAACUUCUUUCCCACUGUGUUUUUAUUUUGCAAACAUACCAGUUGUGUGUGGUAAUGAGGAAGGUUUUUUAAACCCCUCACAUAAAAAAUACUUGCUGUUUACCCUCUUACGUCACUCCGACUCUGUGUUCUAUCACAUUUUUGCCUACAUUACUGGGAGUACUUCGGUGUAGCUUUGAAGUGUGAGAAAUUGAGCUUCGUGAAGACUGAAACAAGAUUGUCCCCAUCUGUGUGUCUCUGUAUGCAAUGGAGGUGAAGUAUCGAGCUUGAAUUGGCCUUUCACUUGUCUGUUGAAGUCAAGAGGAGAACAUGGAGAUGUGCUAGUUUAAAUAUAUUUUGUGUCUGUACUCAAGACGUUGAACCUUACAGCUUAGUCUAACAACCGCUUCACUAGUCCCGGUAAUAAGUUAACAGAGAAUUUAGUUAAUGAGGUUUUCCAAAGGGAAUUUAUUGACUUUGUUUCUCUUGUUUGUCAAGGGUUUCUAACCAUUGUACCUCUGAGUAAGGUUGAGCCCACCACCAACGUGUGUAUGUUUAUUUUUUUGUCAUGUUAGGACUUGUAAAUAAAGAUUGGCUGAUGUUUUGAAACUAA